CUUCCCCAACCGCCGCUGCCGGCAGCGGCACCGUCGUCUCCUAUCUGCUCCCUACACGGAUCACUCCUCACCCUCGCCAUACUAACCCUGCUCCCCUUCACCUAUCUCUCACGUCCAAGUCUCUUCUCCUCAUCCUCAGCUGAAUUUUGCGAAGAUGGAGAAGAAUUUCAAGGUUUAUAGAUAUCCAGAUGGUGAUCUCAACACGUACUACCAGACGCGGAGGAAGCUCACCGGAAAUUACGCCAGCGAGGAGUAUUUCUUCCAGACUAUUAGAGACUCUCGAUUUCGCGCUGACGAUGCGGAUCAGUCCCAUUUGUUUUUCAUCCCGAUCUCUUGUCACAAGAUGCGAGCGAAGGGUACACCAUUUGAAAACAUGACCAUCAUUGUCCAAAAUUAUGUGGAGAGCUUAACAUUGAAGUAUCCUUAUUGGAAUAGAACCUAGGUGCAAAUCACUUUUUUGUUACUUGUCAUGAUGUUGGUGUAAGGGCUACUGAAGGGGUUCAACUUCUUGUUAAGAAUUCAAUUCGAGUUGUGUGCUCACUAUCACGAGCUAAGCUUGUUCAAGGCAUUAUGCUUGCCCAUGCCCACUUGUCUCAUGUGUUUGGGAUGAGUUUCCAUCAUGUAAAUGCUAGUAUAAGGUUAUUUUCUAGUAUUUGUUUCAUUGUAUGCCAAAUAAGACAGUAUGACUUUUCGGUCACUUUGAUUUUUCCUACUGCCAGGAUGAUAUUUACAUAAAAGCCUCUUUAGGGGAGGGUGAGUGUUC